AGAAAACAAUGGUAACACCGGUUGCAGAGGCUGCUUUGCAUUAAUUAUUGAUAAAUUAAUUUCAUCCUGGUGGCCAUUUCUUUGGUAUUGAAUGCAUUAUUAUGGUUGCAAAAGUGUAUAAAAAUGAAGUAGUAUUGAUCAAUGCAGAAACAGUGUAGUUUCACCAGACAGUGUUUGUCAAAGAAGCAUCUAUACACUAUACAACUGUAACUCUGGCAGUAAACAUUCAAGUGUCAAUAUGUUUAUAGGCCAAUGUGUGUUCAUAUUAUUUGCGUUGUCAGGAUGUUUGGGUGAGAAUAUUCACAUCGGAGCAGUAUUAAGUAGCCCAGAAAAUCAGCUUCUCCUGAAGGACUACGCAGACAAGGCCACAGCUAGAAAAACAAGCAAAGAUUUUGGCCUAACAUUCAAUGCCACGUCCCUUCUUAUGGACAGUAAUCCUGUAAGAUCUGCAUUAUCAAUUUGUGAUAAUUUGAUAACGAAAAAGGUGCAGGUUAUAAUCGCUAGUCAUCCAGCAGCGAGUGCUCAGUCUCCAAUAUCAGUGUCAUAUACAUGCGGUUACUAUGGGAUACCAUUGAUAGGCAUCUAUGCAAGGGAUAGCGCCUUUUCGGACAAGAAUGUACACUCAACAUUUAUGAGGACAGUCCCCCCAUACUUCCAUCAAGCGUAUGUAUGGAUUGAUCUACUUGUCCACUAUGAUUGGAAGCAAGUUAUAUUUAUACACAGUAUGGAUGAGGAAGGACGGUCUAUUCUCAGCAAGUUUCAGGCCCUGGCUGAAGAACAAGAGAUCAAGAUUGAGAAGAGUGUGAAAUUUUCCGUAGGACUCGUCAACUUUACGGACUUAUUAUUAGACCUGCCACAAGCUCAGUCUCGGGUGAUACUUCUCUCUGCUGGAAAAGAAGAUGCUGAGCAUUUAUAUCAUGAUGCCAGUGAACUUGAGUUGACAACUGAUUCUGAUUUUGUUUGGCUGGUAUCUGAAGAAGCCAUGUCGGCAUACAAUGUACCUGUGGGUGUAAUAGGCCUACAGUUGAUAAACGGCACCAAUGAAGCAGCUCAUCUAGAGGAUAGUGUCAGUUUGAUAGCCAACACAGUGACAGAUCUUUUCUUGGGAGGUAACUUAAGCCUGUCAGAAACACCAGAAAACUGUUCCAGGCGAAUGGACAGUAAAUGGGAACAGGGGAUUAAUCUUUUAGAGCACAUCAAGAAACAGGAUGUAGAUGGGCAGACUGGUCGUCUCAGCUUUAAUGAAGAAGGGGACAGGCUGAAUCCCAUUUACUGGAUCAAAAAUGUUCAACCUGAAGGCACUUUUGUUGUGGGUUACCAUGGAAACAAACAAGGCACAGAGGAUAAAAAGCUGUCUUUUGGCAACACAGCCAUUCUGUGGCCAUCCCAAGAUACAAAGAAACCUAAAGGAAUAAAGAUUUCUACACAUUUAAAGGUUGUGACUAUAGAGUCAAAGCCAUUUGUUUAUAAGGCCCUUUGGUUGAAUGAGGAGGAGUGUUAUAAAAAGGAAGGGAUACAGUGUUCUCAUACUAACUCUAGCACAGGAGAGACAACUACGCAUUGUUGCUAUGGUUACUGUAUGGAGAUGCUGCACAUGUUGGCAGCAAGAGUUAACUUCACAUUUGAUCUUCACCUUAGUACAGAUGAUUCGUUUGGAUCUUUUAAAAGGGUUAAUAAUGGGACAAAGAAAGAAUGGACUGGAAUGGUUGGUGAACUGGUUAAUGAACAGUCUGAUCUUGUUGUGGCCCCAUUAACUAUUAACCCAGAGAGAGCCCAGGCUAUAGAUUUCUCAAAACCAUUUAAAUACCAAGGUCUAACAAUCCUUGUGAAAAAGGAACAAAAAGAUUCUAGCCUAGCAUCCUUCUUGCAACCAUUCCAAGAUACGCUGUGGAUUCUUGUUGGUUUGUCCGUGCAUGUAGUGGCUCUUGUGCUAUACCUGCUUGACCGGUUCAGUCCUUUCGGUCGAUUCAAGCUUGCCAAGAACGAUGACACAGAGGAAGAUGCCUUGAAUCUAUCCAGUGCAAUGUGGUUUGCCUGGGGAGUGCUUCUCAAUAGUGGUAUAGGAGAAGGAACCCCCAGGAGUUUCAGUGCACGUGUUCUUGGAAUGGUUUGGGCUGGAUUUGCUAUGAUUAUUGUGGCUUCUUACACUGCCAACUUGGCUGCCUUCCUCGUGCUUGACCGACCAGAUGCUUCCAUUUCUGGUAUUGAUGACUCCAGGCUUCGUAACCCGAAUGAGAAUUUCCGAUAUGCUACAGUGAAGGACAGUGCUGUUGAAAUGUACUUUAAGCGACAGGUUGAACUGUCUACAAUGUAUCGUAAAAUGGAGGAAUACAAUUAUAACAAUGCCGAUGAUGCAAUAAAUGAUGUCAAAGAAGGAGUCAAAUUACAAGCUUUUAUCUGGGAUUCGUCUCGUCUGGAGUAUGAAGAUGCUAAUGACUGUGACCUUGUGGUGGCUGGGGAAUUGUUUGGGAGGUCUGGACUUGGGGUUGGACUGAGGAAGGGAAGCCCAUGGACACACCCAAUUUCAUUGUCAAUCUUGGAACUGCAUGAGGGAGGGCAAAUGGAGAAAUUAGACAAUAAAUGGAUAUUGAUUGAAAGUACAGAAUGUCCUGAAAGAGAUCAUACCCCAGCUACAUUAGGACUGACGAACAUGGCUGGUGUCUUUAUGAUGGUUGCUGGAGGCAUUGUUGCAGGGGUGUUUCUCAUUUUUGUUGAGAUCCUCUACAAAAGACACAGAGGUUUGAAAGAAAAGGAACUGGAACUAGCCAGAAAUGCUGCUGACAGAUGGAGAGGAAAUAUUGCUAAAAAGAAACAUUUAAGAGAGUCUUGGGCAUUCCUGAGAGCUUUGAAAGAUGAACAGCAGAAAAAGAAACCACAGACAGUUUAAUUAAAUUCUUGCAGAAGAAUGUUUAUGUCAUACUGCAGAGUUACUUUGAAAUCUCGUGUGUAUGUUUUGAUUUUUUUAAUGCUUGCAGAUGUUUGUAAGGGCUCAAGUAAUUGUAAUGGUUGCCAUAUUGUUGACAUUAUUAUUUCUUCUGACCCCUGCUGGUGUUUCACCAAAGGGGAAUCACGGUUUACCCCCUGUCUGUAUUUAAGUCCAUCAUUCACACAAAGUGGGAUCAUGUGUUUACUUUAAAAGUGCAAGAUAUUUUUUCAUUACACUUGUUACAUGAUUAGAUGACAAUAUGGAGUAUAUGCACACCCUUUUAUUUUCGUGUUGUGUUACUGUAUGAGAAAAAAAGUGGAAGUGUGGGAUCAUGUGCUUAUCUUAAAGAGUGCAAGAUACCUUUUCAUAAAACUUGAUACAUGAAUAGAGGUCAAAAUAGAGAGUAUGGGUGUCCUUUUAUUUUUUUGCUAUUGAACAAAUCUUGCAUUGCCAACAAAUAGUCCCAGAACACAAGAAAAAUGUUGAUUUUUCAGAAACUUACAAAGUACAAGAGAUUUUGUCAUGGAUUAUUAGUAAACACAUUUUAGAUGGAAAGAAAAACAUGCCCUUUGUUUUAAUGUUCCAUCCAUUCAUCCAUUUGUCUAUCAUUCACAAAUGAUGGACUCUCAUCUCUGUCAAAGCUUUGAAACUAAAUGAGAUUUCCAAGAACAAGAAUUGUUUUCAUGAAUACUUACUUACAGAUUAAAGGUAGCUUGGAGAUGAUGCAGGUUUUUCAGUUAUGAAACUUGUGGUCCUUAUAGCAGCAAAUAUGAAAAAUACUAUUUCCAGUUGAGGACUUUCAUUGCUAGGCAAUAGUCUUGUUUUAUACCUCAGUUAUGCAGUACAUAUUUUGUAACUAUGUCUUGUUUGAUUUCUAACAUUUUUUAUUUGUUUUACAAUAUCUAUGCAUAUGGAGUUGUUUUGAUAUUUGAGCCGUGCCAUGAGAAAACCAACAUAGUGGGUAUGCGACCAGCAUGGAUCCAGACCAGCCUGCGCAUCCGCGCAGUCUGGUCAGGAUCCAUGCUAUUCGCUAACAGUUUCUCCAAUUCCAAUAGGCUUUAAAAGCGAACAGCAUGGAGCCUGACCAGACUGCGCGGAUGCGCAGGCUGGUCUGGAUCCAUGCUGGUCGCAAAGCCACUAUGUUGGUUUUCCCAUGGCACGGCUCAUUUAAUGGUAAAAGACUAAAGGUUGCAUGCUUCAGUGCAGUUACCGAGAGAAUGAACCUGCUGCACUAUGUACAAUUGCCUGAUCCAAGGUUAUAAAACUGACAUUGAUGACCAGUUUAAGAAGUCUGAUUGGUUGAUUCUAUGCCCAAGCUUACAAUUGACCAAUGAAAUGGCGUUUUAUACUGGUCUCCCCAAUCAUUUAUAUACCUUUGGAGCCAGAUUUCUCUUCUAGUGCCUUGUAGACUCGGAAAUAGUGGUUUGAAUACUACCUUGUUAGAAGUGAAGAGAUAGGUAAGGUUAAGUUAUUCACUCACUGAACGGCUUGCUGGUCAAUAAUCAGAACUGUUGUACAUAAACAGUGUCGAUGCGACUCUAAACCUAACAAAGAAAAGAAAACUUCUGUCUGUGGUCUGAAGAAUCGAGGGCAAGUAGGUUUGAAAGUUGACGGGCAAGCCGUACAGUAAAAUAUAAUGUUUAUUGACAUCAGAAAUACAUUUUCAUAAGUGUUUUCUUCAAAUUUUGACUUAAGUACAGCAAACUUGAGUGUUGAACCAUAGAUAGGUUCGUAGCACAAGCUGUGGUACAGAGUCCUGUGAUAAAACUGAACCUUGAAUCAUUGCAAUAAUAGACGUUUCUCUUACUUCACUCUGAACCUGAAAUAUCUGAAAAUUAUUGAUUGGUCAAAAAUAAGUCUGAGCUUUCUUUUGAUUAACGAUGGAUGAAUUUUAUAGUUUGGCACAUGGAUGCAGUAUACUUUAUUGUUGAAAAAGAUUAAUUUGUCUGAAAGACCUUUAACUACUGUUUCAAUAUAUCGGAGUCAUCCAGAGGCUGGUCAUUGAGUCGGUAGACUCUUGAAAAACAAUAUAAGGGGUUUCAAUGAAACUUCAUUACACAUUAUUACAAUGAGGUGUUCAUGUGCAUAGCAUUUUGCUUCAGAUUUGUUCCUAUUAUUGCAUUGUUAAGGUUAGUUUUCGCUUCUGACAUAGCAGUAUUGCAGGAGUAUUAUUAACGUUCAAUAACAGCACAUGUUUGUUAUUCAGAACAAAAAAAAUAUGAGUAUUUACUCUGGAUUGUAGACCAAAUAUGUACAUCGACAACAGUUUGAAUUAGUUUGUUUCAUAACGUUUUUCUUCAGUAAAAUGCUACAACUCGGAUAUUUGAUAAUUUUGAUCGAGCCGCGCCAUGAGAAAAACAACAGUGUGUGUUUGCGAUCAGCAUGGAUCCAGACCAGUCUGCACAUCCACGCAGUCUGGUCAGGAUCCAUGCUGUUCGAUUUCAAAGCCUAUUGCAAUUAGAGAAACCGUUAGCGAACAGCAUGAAUCCUGUCCAGACGGAUCCAUGCUGGUCGUAAAUGCUCUGUGUUGAUUUUCUUAUGGUGCGGCUCUUGUAUUGUUUGCUGUAUGGUGUACAUUGAUACACGAUUUUCCUGUUUUCAUGCAAACAAUACAUGCAUGCUAUACACAGAGAAAGAUAACCCACACAUAUCAUACAGAAUUUAUCGAUACCAAUUUCUGUUAUACACAAAUGACAGAAAAUGGUAUUGAUGAAUUUUGUUCACUUAAUAAAUGGUAUUAUCGUUUUACCGAAGAGAGCUCAUGGUAUCAGUGAGUGGUGAUUUAUUCUAGUUAACUGAGUUUAUUUUACUGGUAGAUUUGUCUUCCAAUUUAGUUAUAUAUUCAGUCUUAAAUUUAAAUAUGAUUUACUUUGAAGUGCCAAGUAUCAUGAAUGUAUAGUCUUUGGGAAUUAGAUACAUAUUUGAUAGACACUUACAUUUAAACCUGAUAAGUAUUCUUUUCCAUGUCCCGACCUUUCUUAAUACGGAAAAUACAAAUAUUUAAAAUCAUAUCCCAUGUACCUCUUCUUUUCAAGUCAUUUGCUACAGACUCAUGGGUUUCGGAUUAGCUAUAGCUGUGUCAAGCCGCUUGCUUCCUAGAAAAAACUAUUCCUUUAUCCAUUAACACUCAUUAAAACGCUGACAGUGUUAAAAAAAUUCUACUGUCACCACCAGAGUGUAAAAUUACUGUAGAGUACCAAACGCUCUUGAUGUGACAAGUAUUAACUGUCAAUAUCUGAGUGACACAUAAAAAAUCAUUUAAAUUAUGCUCCAACUAUCAGUUAAAUGUUUCCUAGAUUCUGCUUGACUGGCCAGUACUGCACCAAGUAUAUAAUGGUCUGUAUUAAUGAGUCCAAAUGUUGAUGUAACAGCAAAGUAAUUCUUGUUGUACAUCAACUCUGAUUGAAAUGAUGGCAUCAUUAAAACACUGUCAGAUAUUUAAUGAUUUCUAAGAUGUGCUUGUGGUAUUGUAUGCUAAAGGAAGUGUAAGAGGUUUUUUAAAAAUGCCAAAUCAUUCAUCGAGUUUAACCGAAUCUCCGAGUGUCUGCUUAAUGUGAUUAUAGACAGGAGAAUUUUGCCAUUCAGAUGUGAAAUGCUUUAAGAAAUUCUGUGAAAGUAUUUUCACUCUUGUCAAAUUGAUAAAAAAACCAGGUUUAAAAUUUGUCUUUAAAAGAAAACAGACCUGACCUGAAUAUGCGUUUACCUUUCCAAAAACUUUUAUAACAUACUUUCUCUGCUAGUGCUUUUCUGUAAAGUGUUAGUGAGAAAGUAUGAUUAUUGUUUCCCUUUUUUGAAAUUCCUCAGGGAAAAGUGUUAUAUAUAUAUAUCAUGACAUUUGAAUAUUAAGGUUGGGCAUAUUGGAAGUUGUCAUAUUAUGCACAACAGUUUAAACAUGCUUAAUUUAUCUGGUGUAAUUUUAUUAUUUGGUUGUUAAUUUUAUUUCAUAUUUUAUGAAUUGUUUCAUGCAUUCAGUUAUUUCUACCUUUUACAGAACGGCCUUAAUUUUCCUCAUUUUUCAAUAUAACCAUACCAAAAUAAAUGACCUUUUUUUAAUUUUAAUGCUUUGGAUCACACUGGCUGGCCUAGGCUAAGAUUUUAAUGGAAAGAUCAUUAUUUUUCGUGUUGGUCUCAAUUGUUACAACGGAAAUCAAAUUGACAGGUCCAUUUCUAAAAUCGACCAGACUCAUAACAUUGUCUGAUUUUCAGUGCACAGACAGUCCUUGGUUAUCAGUAAUCUAUUCCAAAUCAAAUCCCUUGAUAUGGAAUUAGCAUAACGAGGUCAGAUUGGACUUAGUUGCAGAUCUCGAUUAUUAGAGGGCAUCAAAUAUAUAUAACUAGCAAAUAUGUAAAUAUAUAGAAAUAUGCAAGUACAAAAAUGUGUCAUGAUAUUAAUGUAAUGAUGAUUCAUUAUCCUUUAGGCAAGUGCAAUGAUAGACUCAUGUUGGAUUUGCAGUGAGAAAAUGCGUCAGGAAAUGGUUAACAAGUACUUGAUACAUUUACUUGUCCAUUAUUGUUCAGAUUAUGUAACUAGGGAUUUUGAUUCUCCUUGAUUUAGCUUCCUCCACUUUGAAAAAUGACCUGUAAUUGUUUUGUUGAACCCAACAAAAAUAUUUUAACAGGAGUGUUGAAACAUGAUAGAGUUGUGCCACGCGACUGCUAAGCAUCGCAGUCCCACAUCGAUAUGAGGUUAAAAUCUCGUAUUUGUUAAGUGCCUGAUUGUAACAUUGUUGCCUUUUUAGCUCACCUGAGCCAAAGGCUCAUGGUGAGCUUUUGUGAUCGCUCAAUGUCCGUCGCCCGUCGUGGGUCGUGCGUCCGUCAACAAUUUCUAAAAAAAUCUUCUUCUUGAAUACCACUGAGCAGAAUUACACCAAACUUUACAUAAAUGAUCUUUUGGUAGCUCCCUUUCAAAAUUAUUCAAAGAAUUGAAUUCCAUGCAGAACUCCGGUUGCCAUGGCAAAAGAAAGGAAAAACUUUAAAAAUCUUCUUGUCCAAAACCGCAAGGCUUAGAGCCUUGAUAUUUGGCAUGUGACAUCAUCUUGUGGUCCUCUAUGAAGAUUUUUCAAAUUAUGCCCCUGGGUUGAAAAGAGGCUCCUCCCCAGGGGUCACAAGUUUUACAAAGACUUAUGUAGGAAAAAAACUUCUUGUCUAAAACCACAAUACCUAGGCCUUUGAUAUUUGGUAUGUAGCAUUACCUUGUGGUCUUCUACCAAAAUUAUUCAAAUUAUGCCCCUGGGGUGAAAAGAGGCCCAGCCCUGUGGGUCUCAAGUUUUACGUAGACUUAAAUAGGAAAAGACUUCAAAAAUCUUCUUGCCUUAAACUGCAAGGCCUAGGGUUUGAUAUUUAGUAUGUUGCAUUGCCUUGUGGUCUUCUACCAAAAUUGUUCAAAUUAUGCCUCUGGGGUGAAAAGAGGCCCUGCCCUGGGGGUCCCAAAUUUAACAUAGACUUAUAUGGGGGAAAAAUCUUCUUGUCCGAAAGUUCAAGGCCUAGGCCUUUGAUAUUUGGUAUGUAGCAUUGCCUUGUGGAUCUCUAACAAGAUUGUUCAAGGCCCCUCCUGGGGGUCACUUGUUAUAUGAGUUAUAUAGGAAUAAAUACUUAAAAAAUUAUCAGAUCAUAUUUCCUAGACUGUUUAUAUUAUUAUUAUAUUAUUAUUAUUAUACCAGAUUUAUAUAGCGCCCUUUUCAUGAUCGAUUUCACGUUCAAAGACGCUUAACAUAGUUCAAAUGCAGCCACACAAGAUGCAUAAUUCAUCCUCUACUAGUACAGUCACAGAGCGAUCUGACCAGAGGGACAGAGUGAGACAAAGCCCCCACGACAGAGAGAUCAGAAAUCAGAUACAGGCUUGUCCAGCUAACUUAGCCUAUCUCGUAGCGAAUAGACAGCCUGGUUCUUUAACGUGCCCAGUGUAUAGCACUGAUACACGCAAGGAUUGCCUGGGUUCCUGACCAGUACACCUCUAGUUAGGUGGGAAACACUGAAAAGCGUUUCUGAAAAUUCCCGAGUAGCUGCCGGGGAUCGAACCCCCGACCUCAGGAUUGGAAGGCCAGUGUGCAAACCACUGUCGUGACUGAGCUGUCCGUCCACCUUUAAUAAUAAUUACCUGAUGACCCCAGUGAUUAGGGGUCACUUGACCGUGACCUUGACCUACUGACCUACUUUCUUGUUUUUUAAGAUACAGUCUUGAAAUUUGGAUGACAUGUACAGUUUUGCACACUGAUCUUAAAACUGACUUUCAGUGACCAUGAAUGUGACCUACUAACCUACUUUCUAAUAUUUUAGCAUCAGUUUGGCAUUUUAAACAUGUGGCUCAUAUUACUCAGGUGAGCGAUUCAGGGUCAUCAUGACCCUCUUGUUAUAUUUUAGCAUCUUCCAUAAAAGCGUUGGCCCGAUGCCCAGCGCUAAUACAUAUGAACAUAGUUUUAUUUAUUGUGAACAUUUUUACAUAGAUGUGAAUAGUGUUAUUUAUUGUGAACAUUUUUACGUUGUUGCGAAUAGUGUUAUUUAUUGUGAACAUUUUUACGUUGUUGUGAUUGAUGUUAUGUUGUGAUAUUGUAUAAUUUGUUACAUUUUGUUAUGUCUGUAAAGGUUAUAGUUUUACCUCCUCUGUUGUGUUGUAAAGUUGUAAACAGUAUGAACCAGCCAUUAUUAUCUGCAUAAUUUUAUGUUGAGUAUAUUUAUAUAUAUAUUAAAAAUACAUUGUGCAAUAUAUUGUUUGGGUAUGUCACUGACUAAGAGAUAUAUGAACAUACCUUUAUAGUGGUCAAAUUUGCAAGUUUUAGAUGAAAAAAAAAGCAUAAUUUCAGCGUAUGUUUUAUAAAAAAAGAGUUUUCUAAAACAUAAUUUUUUUAAGAAUUCAAGAUUAAUGUGGUCAAACUUGUUCUUGUAGAUUUUUGAUGCUUCGACUGAGUAUGCCUGCUCGAAAUGAAGUGGUUAAGAUGUAAAUGAAUACUUCAAAUGAGCAUUGUAUGGUGUCUAAAUUUCCAGAAAAGGGCUUUUUUUAAAAAUAUUUGUUUAACAAAAGUUUGCAGUUUAAAACCAUGUGCAUUUGUGAAUCAUAAUGUUGCUGCUCAAAUCAGUACGCGAGUAACUCAUUUGUCAGAUGCUCAUUGCUAAUGUACGUAUCUAGGGAUUUCAUAAAAAUAUUAUAUAAAAACCUGUUGAAAACUCAUUGCAUUUAGUGAUAAUGGCAACAAAAACCAAUACUAGUACUCCAAAGAUUUCAUUUCUUUUAGAAUAACUUUUAAUAUUUGAAGUAAUAUACCUUAAACAUUGGUGCCUUAGUAAAAAUUUUAUGUUUGUGUUUCUGUACUUUAACUUUUUUCCCCAUUAUCCAUGUAAGUUUACCAAGUAUUAGCAUUUUUGCAAUAUCUUGUUUUUCAGCUGUUUUAAUUGACUUUGUUUUAAAUAUUGUAUGUUUUAUAAUAAAUUUUAUUUCAG